UGGGGGCAGUGCACUUCAGUGAUUGAUACAUCCAUCAGAGGACGAAGAAGAAAAUGCAAUAUCUAUUCAUAAACGUGGGGGCUUCUUUAUUAGGUCCAUAACAAUACUUUUCUCCCCAUCUUCGAGAGGUGAGCACCAACUGAAAAGGUUUGGACCGGAGAGGCAGAAUGCCUCGUUACGCACAGUUAGUGAUGGGCCCGGCUGGUAGUGGCAAGAGUACAUAUUGCGCUACUCUGGUACAACAUGCAGAGGCCAUCAAUCGCUCUGUUCAAGUGGUCAAUCUUGACCCCGCUGCCGAACAUUUCAGCUAUCCUGUCAUGGCAGAUAUCCGUGAGCUGAUACAGGUAGAUGAUGUGAUGGAAGAUCCGUCUCUCAGGUUUGGCCCAAACGGAGGUUUGGUCUUCUGUAUGGAGUACUUGGCCAAUAAUUUGGACUGGCUGGAGGAGAACUUGGGCCAUGUCGAGGACGAUUACAUACUCUUUGACUGCCCAGGUCAGAUCGAGCUCUACACACAUCUGCCCGUGAUGAAACAGCUGGUGGAGCAACUGCAGCAGUGGGAGUUUCGUGUGUGUGGCGUCUUUCUGGUGGACUCGCAGUUCAUGGUGGAGACCUUCAAGUUCAUCUCUGGAGUGAUGGCCGCGCUGAGCGCCAUGGUGUCUCUGGAGAUCCCUCAGGUCAACAUCAUGACCAAGAUGGACCUGCUCAGCCCGAAGGCCAAGAAGGAGAUAGAGAAAUAUCUGGACCCAGAUAUGUUUUCAAUGAUGGAAGAUAAUUCGGCCAGCUUCAGAAGCAAGAAAUUUGAUAAGCUCACUAAAGCUAUCUGUGAGCUGAUUGAUGACUAUAGCAUGGUGAGAUUUCUUCCGUUCGACCGCUCCGAUGAGGAAGGAAUCAAUAUAGUUCUGCAGAAUAUUGACUUCUCUAUUCAGUAUGGAGAAGACCUGGAGUUCAAGGAGCCGAAGGAGUUAGAAGAAGAUUCUGGAAACCAGCAGCAGGAUGAAUUGUUUCAAGACAGCGUGGGGAGUUGAGAGGAUCCUGAAAUAAUUGUACCUGGAAAAAUGCAUGUGCGGGUCAAUCAAAAACAUAAUGCAUUGAUUCACAACAACAAGAUGCAGGGCGACACCCACAAUGCUGCGAAGGUUACCAUCUUUGUAUAUAUCAGUUGUCUGCGUUUUUAUUUAUCUUCAAGCAUUUACUUUUAUUUUUCUUGUUUAAGACUUGUAUGUGAUUUUAAAUAAAUAUGCACAGAUUAUUUUUGCUGGAUGAUGUUGUGAAGUGUUCA